AGCAGCAACUGUGGCGAAUCAAGGUGCUUAGGUGUUCAAAAAAAUCUAAUACCGUUGCAUAGAAGUUCAACAUGUCUGACAUACCAAGUGUCGUCAUUAUUGGUGCGGGAGCCUCUGGAAUAGCAGCUGCUACUAGACUUUUCGAAAAUGGAAUAGAUAAUUUAACAAUUUUAGAAGCAGAAAACCGUAUUGGAGGAAGAAUACACUCGAUAGAAUUCGAUGGUAGUAUCGUUGAUUUGGGAGGACAAUGGGUACAUGGUGAAAAAGGAAACAUUGUCUACGAAAUGGUUAAAGAUCUUGAUUUACUUAGUACUUCUUUCAAUACCUAUCACGACAAUACUUAUUAUUUAUCUGACGGAAGAAAAUUAGAUAAAAAUAUUACUGAUAAGCUAUUUAAAAUCGGUAAGGAAAUUAUGGAAAAUGAAGAAAGUGCUCUUAAAUAUGGAGGAAGUUUUGGUAGUUAUUUUGUUAAUGUUUUCAAAGAAAAAAUUUUAGAACAAUUUAAAAAUGACGAAGAAAUUAUAGAAUUAGCCAAAUUUAUGCAAGACUGGUGCCAAAAAUUUUUUAUCUGCUUAGAUUCGGCUAAAUCAUGGUAUGAUAUCUCGGUUAGAGGAGCGAUGUCUGUUUUUCAACCAUGCGAAGGAGAUCAACUACUUAAUUGGAGAAAUAGAGGAUUUAGUACUAUCUUAGAUGUAUUGAUGAAAAAAAUUCCGGAUUCUACAAAACAACUUCCUAUCGAAGAUAAGAUUCUUCUAAACAAGGAAGUUACACGAAUCGAAUGGGAUGGGGAUAUGGCCCAAACUGAUUCAAAAGCAACAGUGACAUGUGGAGAUGGCUCUGUAUACGCAGCGGAUCAUAUAAUUAUCACAACGUCAGUAGGUGUGCUAAAGAAAUUCCACAAAACUCUGUUUAUUCCUGAAGUUCCACCAUAUAAAGCGAAUUCUAUCGAACAUAUUAGUCUUGGAACUGUUAAUAAAAUACUGUUAAAGUUCCCUGUGAAGUGGUGGGGAGACGAUACCAAAGGAUUUAGCUUACUAUGGACAGAAGAAGAUAGUAAAAAUUUAGUAAACGAUGUACCUGUUUUUGGACCUACCGAUGAACAUGGUAGGUCAUGGCUAGAAGAUGUAUUUGGAUUUUAUAUCAUCGAUAGUCAUCCCCGUGUAUUGCUAGGAUGGGUUGUAGGAACAAUGGCGGCUGAAGUUGAGCAGCUUACUGAUGAAGAUGUAAUGAUGGGUUGUAUGACUAUUUUAAGGAAAUUUGUAGGAAAUAAAUAUGAUAUACCAGAGCCUGAUGGAGUAUUGAGAUCACAGUGGAACAGUAAUCCACAUUUUUGUGGCUCAUAUGUUUAUACGAGCAUAGAUCAAGAAAACAACAAUGCUUCAGCAAACGAUUUAGCUAAACCUCUAAUUUCUAAGAGGUCAAACAAACCAACUGUACUUUUUGCCGGAGAGGCUACUAGUUCAAAUCAGUAUUCAACUGUUAAUGGUGCUAUAGAAACAGGUUAUAGAGAAGCACAGAGAUUGAUUCAAUUAUAUAAUUAGAUAAAAUGCACAUACCAACAUUUUUUAUUUAUUUUAUUAUGUAUUUUUAAAUUUUUUGUUCCUAUUUCUUGUACGUCUAUACUAUUUCAAGUUACUUAAUAUAUUAUUUUUUUAUUU